UGACGGUGGCGGAUGGAGGGAUGGAGGCCCUCCGGGUGCUGCAGGAGAGGCCAGACGGGUUCAAUCUCAUCCUCGUUGACCUAAUGAUGCCGGGGCUGGACGGGCUGCAGCUGCUGCGAAUCCUCCGCGCCGACUCCAACUACAACGCCAUUCCCAUCAUCAUGAUGUCAGGCAACUCCAACCAGGCGACGGUGCUGCAGUGCAUAGCGGCGGGCGCGGAGGAGUAUCUGGUGAAGCCGGUGACGAAGCGUGACGUCACGCACAUGUGGCAGCACGUGUGGCGCCGCAUCCAGCUCGUCUCUAACGCGCCGGAGAGCCUGCAGCGCGGGCGCCAAGCCGCUGCUCUCCCUGCGCUCCCAGCCCUGCUGUCGCUUUUGAUGCGCCUAGAAAAACAACUCUUCUGCUCUCCCCCUCUUCCCCCCCCCGCGCGCCCCCCCUCGUCUGCUCUCCCGCUCUCCCUGCUUCCCCGCUCGCCCCUGCAGAAUAGCGGCAGCCUGGCGGAGCAUUCAGGCGCAGGCGCGUCGUCCUGCCCCGACGGCUCGUUUAACCCCAGCGCGGGCGCCAAGCCGCUGCUCUCCCUGCGCUCCUCCUCCGGCAUGCACAACCCCCACUCCUCCUUCGACGAGGCCGCCGGCAACACUCUCCCUGCCAGCGCUGCCGCGCAGGGAGGCGCUGCUGGUAUGGGAGCAGCCACUCGCGGGUACAGGCAGGGUCAGAGUCACGGUUAUGGGUAUGGGUAUGGGGUGGGAGGCACGUCUACGCUGCCCACGCACUCGUCUGCUGAUACCCGCGGCACCUGUUCCUUCUCCAGCGGCAGUGGCCCCUUGGCUGCUCUACCGUUCCACAGUCACAACCCUCACCAGCCCCAGCAGCCCCACCAACCACACCAGGGCCACCAGCCUCACCAGAUUCACCAGCCGUUAGGCGUGGCCCGUGGUUUUGCCAGCGCUAGGGGAGAUGGGUCGCUGGGUGUGUCGGGAAGUAUGGGGCAGAGGGAGGGGUCGGUGGCGGAAGUGGCGCUGACAGGAGGGUCGGGGGAGCUGUGGGGUGGCGGAGGGGGUACGGAGAUUUGGACUGGGUCGAUGGAUGGGUGGCAGGCCGUGGGAGACGAGCGAGGCAGUCAGCAGCAGCAGCAGGAGGAAGAGGAGGAGGGACAGCAGGUUCAGGUGCAGCAGCAGCAGGAGGAGGAAGCUCAUUUGCGGCAGCUGAGUUCUGGGUGUGAACGAGAGCAGCACCAGCAGCAGUUGCUGCCGCCUCCGCCGCCGCCGCAGCAUGUGAAGGAGCACGCAGUGAGGGAGAAGCGAGGAGGAGGGGAGCUGAUGGUGGCCGGGCAGCAGGGGAAGGGCGAGAUGGAGCGGGAGCAGCAGCGGCAGCAGCUGCUGGCACAGUACCUGCGGUCGGGGGGACAGAACGUGCAGGCGUUCAUAGCCCACAUGGACCACACAGGGGCGUGCGGAGGCGGAGGCGAAGCAGGGGGGGAAGGCGGAGGUGGAGGCGCAGGUGCAGGCGCAGGCGCAGGCGGGGGAGAGGGAGGCGGAGGCGGGGGCGGAGUUGGGGGCGGAGGCGGUGCUGUUGGCGCUGGUACCGCGUCGUCAGGCAGUGGGGGGGACAUUCACGAGUGGGUGGCCCGCCUGGAGCAGAUGCCUGACCUGCAGGAGCAGGGCGACAGUGGCGACGGCGGGGACAAGUCGCCUGAGAGUGGGGCAGCACGUGGGGGUGUGGUGGAGCGCAGAGAGGAGGCUGGUAGGGGCGGGAAUGUGUCGGAGGAAAGGGAUUCUCAGGGUAGGAAGCCGGGGAGAAGCGCGGGGCAGGGUGGGAGUCCGGGGCAGUCGAAUCUCUCAGGGAAGCGAAGUGGCAGCAGUGGCGGUGGCAGCGGUGGGAAUGGCGGCGGCAGUAGGGGCGGCAGUGGGGCCGGCAGUGGGGGCAAUGGUCUCAAAAGAGGCGGCACAGGGAAGGGGAAGAGCGGGUGGGGCUUUCUGUCGGGUCCCAAGGCAGCAGCCUUGAAGAGGCAGCGGCUGGGAAUCCCAGAGGGUGAUGGGAGGCGGGCGGGGAGCACAAGUGGCAGCACAGGACAGGCAGGCGGCUCUGGGAAGGGAGGCGGCACAGGCUUGGGAAGUGGCUUGGGACGUGCGAGCAGGUUCGGGAAUGGUGGUGGCGGCGGCUUGGAAGGCGGUGGUUCUGGAAUGGCAGGCAGCUCGGGAUUGGGAGGUGGCUCGGGGCUGGUUGGUGGUAGCAGUAGGGGGUGUGAGAUGGUCGAGAGGGGUGAGCAGCGGGUUGACGGGGAGCUUGUAGGGGAGGCUGAGACGGCGUUCUGGUCUGAGCGACGGAAUGAGAUGGAAGAGAUGCGACGGCGGGAGUUGCAAAGGGAGGAGGUGCGAAGGGAGGCGAUGCAAAGGCAGGCAAAGGGAGUGCAGGAAGGGCGUAUGGUGGGACAGGCAGACGAGAAGCAGGAGUGGAUGGAGGGAGACGGGAGCAGUCAUGGGGCGAACACGGCUGGAAGAGACUUCGUUUGGAGGACGUCCCACUCCGUUUCCCGGAGCAAAAACAGCAACUUGCUGCCUCCCGCUGACGCCGCUCACCCGUCCAUCCCACCCGCUGCUCCCCUCGCUCCUCCUCCUGACUGUGCGGCAUUUGUUUCCUUAGAAGCACAGCCUUGGUGUGGGGCUGAAGGUGAAGUUGCUGCUGCUGCUGCUGCUGCUACCACCACCCCUCCCACCAUGCCCCGUGCUCUGUCGGAUCCCGAGCAGACCCGCCCUGCCAGUGGCGGCAGUGAGAGCGACCUUCAAGGGUGGGGCUCAGGAGAUUUUUCAGGUGGUGCGGGUGCAGGUGGAAGAGGGCGAGGGGGAGCAGUAGGACGCGGUAGAGGGGCGGGCAGGGGGGCGGGGUUUGUGGCGGGGCGAGGGGUGUUGGUGGGGGGGAGGGUUCAGGUGCUGAGGACGAUGAGAGGGAGGCGGAAGGAGGUGUCUCUGUCUGAGCAGCUGAUGCGGCAGCAGAGGGAGGCGGAGCAGAGGCGGAGCGGGGUGGGUGAGGGUCAGCAGGCAGGGGACGAGCAGCAGCAGCAGCAGCGGGAGGAGGAGGGGGGAGAAAUUUAUCAGCGGGAGUUGCAGUUUCCCGGCUCUUCGACGCGCUCUCAGUCUCAGAGCCACAGUCGUCAGGGUUGGGAGCAGCAGCAACAACAGCGACGCUACACGCAGCAGGGGCAGGAGAGUGGGGAGAGCCAAGGGCUAGGUCAGCAGCAGCAGGGUGGUCAGCGCAUGCGGGUGCCGAGUGAUGGGGAUGAGGCGCCUGUGGUCAGUGCUGGUCCGCCCUCCUGGGUUGUGAUUCAGAGGAAAGGAGGGGAGCUGAAACCUUUGUCGGUUAUGGCUGCUGCUACUGCUGCUGGAAAUGCUGCUGGUGGUGCUGCUGCCAGUGCAGAUGGAAGGCAGGUGGAUGGGCUGGGGGAGGAACAAUGGGGCGACGGCACGGGUGCUAUGGGUGGUGAGGACGGGGGUGAGGGAAACGAAGGUCCGAUUGGGAGUGGUGCAGUAGGAAACGAUGCGGUUGGGAGCGGUGCCUGCAUGGAGGUGGAUGGGAAGGAGGAAGAGGAGGCAGGAGCUGGUUCUGGCUCGGGCGGCUGGACAAACCACUCGUCAGGCUUGUGGAUGGAGAGCGGUAGUGCUGGGACUGCUCUGACCGCUGGUGCUGCAGGUGCUGGUGCUGGUGGUGGGCGCAUUGCACUGAUGAGCUGCAGACGACAGAGAUCACAAGGGGGAGGUGAGGGGCGAGAGGAGAUGCAUGGUGAUGGCGAGGUGGACGAGACGGAGGUGGGGAAGGAGGGAGAGGAGGAGCAGGAGAUUGAGGAAAACGAGGAGGAGGCAAGGGAGGAGAGGGGAAUGAGGAGAAUGGGAGAGGAGGGGAUUGCGGGGGUGCAUGGUGAGGAGAUGGAGAAUGGAGGAGUAGGAGGAGGUGGGGAGGAGCGUGAGGUGAGAGAGGACGGGGGUGUGCGCGAGGAGGAUUUUGAGACGUCUCAAAAUACAACUUUUAUCACGCAGUUUGAGGAACGGGUUUCACAUGGUGUCCAUGAUGAGAGUGAAGCAGAGGAAGCCGGUGAAAGGGAUGUGGUGAGAGAAGAGGCGCCAGAGGAAACAGAGGGGGAUGAGCGGGAGCGGGCGGGGAUGCUGAGCUUGAAUCCGGGAGUGCCACGUGAAGCUGUUGCUGCAUGGAUGAGGGGUUUAGGGAUGAGUGGGUUAGAGGCGAAUGGGUCUGGUGGUGUGGUUGACCCUCGUAUGGUGGCGCUGCAAAUGUUCAUGCAGCAGCAGCAGAUGCAGCAGCGUUUGAUGAUGCAGCGACAGCAGCAGGAAUUGCAGCGGCAGGAGGUGCAGGAUACUGAAAGGCAGGAGCAGGAGAUGCAGGGGCAGCAUGGAGGUAUUCAAGGGCAGCAAGAACGCAUGCAGGCCCAGCAGCAGAUGAUGCUGGGUGCAGCAGCAGAGGAAGCAGAGAUGCAGCAGAGUUCAGAUCAACAAGGGUUGGGAUGGGAGGAUGGAGGCGGAAGGGACGAGGAGCAACAGCGGGAAGCCCCAGCAGGGGCUGUGGAUGCGGAUGAGGGCGAAGGGGGAGAGGGGGUGGGCGGACCAGCGAGGGAGGGAGGAGGAAACGAAGAUGAGGCGCAGAGGGAGUGGGAGCAGUGGCGGCUGUGGGAAGAGCAGCAAGGGCUACUGGAGGGAGGGCCAGGGGAGGGAGUGCAAGGGGAGGCAAUUGAAAUGCAACAGGAGCUGCAACAGGUGCAGGAGCAGGAGCAGGAGCAGGAGGAGGAGGAUGAGGAGCAGGCGCCACAGCAAGAAUUGCAGCAAAGCUGGGGCCCGGGGCAAGAGGAGGAGGGGCACGAGGAGGCGCAAGGGGAGGGGCAAGAGGAAUUGCCGAGUGCGGGGCAGGAGGAGCGAGAGUGGUUGAGAAGACAGCAGCAGGUAGAGGGAGUGACUUCCGUGGGAUGGGGGGAAGACGGUCCGGCGGAGCAGCAGUGGGGCAUGGGGCAGGAACGCCAAGGUCUGAAACUUGCUGCAGUGGGCAUGGAAGAGAUGGAAGGGGGCGAGGAGGAAAUGGGAAGGGGAGGAGAAGUGGAGCAGGAGGGUGAUGAAGCAGGGGCAGCCGAUUUAGCAGGGGAUGUAGCAGCAGAUGUAGCGGACGAUUCACCUGAGGAGAUGCAGAUUCAGUAUCUGAGGCAGCGGCUGUUGCAGCUGCAGCAAGAGAGGCUGCUGCGGAUGCAGCGGCUACAGCUGCAGCUACAGCAGCAGCAGCGCUGGCAGCUCGGGGAAGGAGAGGCCAGCGAAGGGGGGGCAGAGGAGGAAGGGGAAGGGGAGCAAGUGGGAGAGAUGGCACUGCAGCAAGUGGGAAACGUGAUGCAAGGGAGAGGGCUGCAGGAAAUGAGGGCUUUGCAGCAGAUGCAAGAUGCGGGGUUGCAGCAAAUGGUGCUGCUGCAUGGUGAGGGAGAGGAACAUGGGAUGGGGGGUGAAGGGGGGAUGGGGGAAGGUGGAGAAGAGAUAGAGCACGGAGAGCAGAGGGAGGAGGCAGGGAAUGGAAUACAGGGAGAGGAGCAGAGAGAGGAGCAGAUAGACGGCUCGCAGGAGCAGAGGGGACAGGCGACACAGGAAGAAACUGAAGGGGAGCAGAAUGCGGCAGGUGAGAACGGGAGGAGGGAUGGGGAAGAGGGAGAGGAAGUGGCGGAGGAAGGGGAGGAAGGGGAGGAAGGGGGGGGAGGGGGAGGAGGGGGAGGACGAGGAGGCAAGGGAGGAGCGGAGGCGCAAGUGGGAGUUUUUCUUCCUGCGGCAGAGGCAGCAGCAGUUGUUUGA